AUGGAAUUCAGUAGCAACUUAGUGAAAGUUCAUUUAUCCAACUAUCUAGCCAAUUUACCAUUGCCAAAUUCAUUUCUUGGUAUUUUCAAAUUAGGUGGUAAAGAUAUACUGAAAUUAAUUCCGUUUUAUGCUACAAUUGGUGGUGUAUGUUACCUUUCAUACAGAGUUGUGAAACCAAGACAUCCUGUUAACCCUUGUAUUAAAAAAGAAUCUCCAAAAGUGGUUGACGGUUAUGACAUCGAAGAGUUAGGUGAAAGUACAGCAUUCUGUCGUUGUUGGAGAAGCUCUAAAUUUCCUUUAUGUGAUGGUGCUCAUAAUAAGUACAACAUUGAACAGAAGGACAAUGUUGGACCAUUGAUAAUUAAGAAAAAAUAA